AUGGAGGAGGAGGAGGAGGGCGAGAACGGGCAGGAGGGCGCCGGAGCGGUCGCGGGCCACGCGGCCCCCAUGGCGCAGUUUCAGUCCCUGUUCCGGGAUGUGGUCCAUUGCCUUCUGCACCAGAGCCGGUACAACGACCGUGUCCUGCUCCGGUCCAGCGCCGGCCGCAUGAGGGUCGGGCGCCGCUCCCGACGUCCGUCGGUCCCUGCAGAGGAUGCCGCGCCUCCUCAGGGGCAGGAAGACCUGGGAGAGGCAGAUCCUCCUGAGGGCAGAGAAGUAGAUUCUGCUGCUGAUUUUAAAUCGGGAAAUGUUUCCCACCACCUUGGGAUGCCAAAGUCCGUAUCAUUCGACACUAAAGAAGAGAGUGACUAUCAUUAUGAAAAUGCUGAUGAAGAGAAAGAGGAUGGAAAUGAAAAACCAGAAGAAGGACCCAAGCUGGAUAUGAUCUCAGCAGAGGGCAGCUGUGAAGAAUCCAGUUGGAAGGCAUCAAAAGAAAUGGACAGCGAAGGAAAAGAAGAAUUUGUUCUUCACGGAUAUUCUAGUAUUCAUUAGCCCACAAUACAAAUGUUGUUUCAAAGUUCAGCAUCCCAAAAUGAUAUUAGCUGACAUCUGAGUUUAUUCUUACCUUUGACAGAUAAAUUUGACAGUCUUGUUCACAUUGAAAAUAAAAGCUUGUUU